UUGGCUCUUCCUUACAUUACUAUCAACAAGGCUUCGAAGAACACAAAAGAAAAGCAAAGGCUUUGAUCAUCAGAGUGAGCUGAAGCUGGAGAGCUCAUUAACCUUUCUUUCUUUCUUUGUUUCCUUUUAUGUCCAUGAAUAGUAAUACAGAUGGUUUCGAGUGUUCCAACCCUCACUAUCGGGCUGAUACAAAGUACAUAAAAAAGGACGGGAACGGAAAGAAAGAGGUCAAAAUAUAUCCAAGGGGACUAAAUAUUACAUGGGGCAACGACGAUCGUUAUUGGAUGUUUUCGGACAAGGAGAACGAAGACAGUUUUGCAGAACUAAAACAAGUAAAUUGGCUAGAAGUAACUGGUUCAACAUCGGAAAAAGUUGAGGUUGGGAAAUGGUUCAAAGUGAGUUUCAAUGUGACACUACGACCCAAUGCUUUUGGAUGGGAUGAGUCUAAUAUUUACAUAAUGGCUAAGAUUGGGAAAAAGGGGCGUUUCAGUUUCAAGAAACUGAAUCUUCGUAAUAAAAAUCCAGACGAAAGAUUUAACAUUCCCCAGAAUGAAUUAAAAAUUGAAGUUGCCAAAUCCGCUGAGGAUCCCAUUCUCUACUUUGGUAUGUAUGAAGUUUGGAGCAACAGAUGGAAAGGAGGGUUGAGGAUCCAUCAUGCACUCGUUGAGGAGUGCGAGGCACCAAAAGAGAAAAAAUUGCGUUGAUCAUGUCUAUAACAAUUGCUAUCGACUCGAUGUGUGGUUUCAAGAACAUGAGAAUAAUAGAAGAAUAAUGUACUUAUGUAUCCACUAGUAUUAUGGUGAUACUUUGCAAUGUAUUUCGUGGAUUUUAUUUGUUUUAGAAGAAUAUGCACCAAAAAUAUGUAUUGUAUUUGUUGAUAUGUUGGGAAGUUUCCAUAUUGAGUAUGUUUGGCUA